GACGCGGCCAACGGGCGAUCAAUAUUGUUUCCGUUACAUUACGUGUUUUGUGACGACUGCCGACUACCGCAAGCGGGCUGCUUUUGACUGCCCAGUGCUUUUAACGGUCCGCUUUCGGUUGCUCAGUGCCGCUGACGGCCUGUUUUCGGCUGCCGUCGCUCAGUCGUCUGUCAGUUAACAUCACAUCUAAUAGUUAUGGAUUGCAUCACUUUCAGUGUUAAUGGAACUUUUUAUUCGGUUGGUAGCGAAGUGAACACGGAUGUGACUUUGCUGGAUUACCUAAGGCGUCGGUUACGGCUGAUCGGCACCAAGUACAUGUGCCGAGAGGCUGGCUGCGGCGCCUGUAUCGUGACUGCGGUGCGGGCCCCGGACACUCCGCCCACCGCUGUCAAUUCGUGUAUGGUGCUGGUGACGUCAUGCCAGGGCUGGAAAAUCACGACGGUGGAAGGUGCAGGCGGGCGGCUGGCGGGCUACAGUCAGGUGCAGACUACGCUGGCGCAGCACAACGGCACGCAGUGCGGCUACUGCACCCCCGGCUGGGUCAUGGCCAUGCAUAGUUUGCUAGGCAGCAGAAAAAACUUGACUAUGCUAGAAAUAGAACAGUCAUUUGGGAGCAAUGUGUGCAGAUGUACUGGAUACAGAUCAAUACUAGAUGCGUUCAAGCGAUUUACAGUAGACGCCCCCGAAUCUAAAAGAAUAACAGAUAUAGAAGACUUGCAUUUAUGCCACAAGAGCGAGAAUGGAUGUAAAAAGACCGACUGUGAGGACUACGAGUGGUGCAUAGUGUUGAAAGAAGAAGUUGAUAAGUCUUCUUCUAUUUACAUUAAGUUGGAAGACGGCCGCGACUGGUAUAGGGUUUAUACUUUAAAAGAAGCCCUUAGAAUUAUAUCUACUAAAGAUAUCAACUCCUAUAUGCUUGUCGGUGGUAAUACAGCUAAAGGUGCAUAUCCAAUAUUCGAUUAUCCUGAAGUAUUAAUAGACAUUACUGGAAUAACAGAAUUAAAAGGUUUCGUUUUGGAUCAAAAUCUAGUUUUGGGAGCGGGUUUGACCCUAACCGAAACAUUGGGUAUCUUAAAGUUAAUGUCUACUGAAAAAUAUUAUUUCAGAUAUUUAGAUAAAUUGUACGAUCACAUUGAAAUGGUGGCUCAUAAUGCUGUAAGGAAUAUUGGUACAAUUGCUGGAAAUUUGAUGAUAAAACACAAACAUCAUGAAUUCCCUUCUGACUUGUUCCUUUUGUUUGAAACUGUUGGAGCACAACUCACAAUUUUGACUCGUUUGGAAAAGAAAACAGUGACAAUGCAGGGAUUUAUAAAAGAAGACAUGUCAGGAAAAAUUAUAGUAAACGUACUUUUGCCACCUCUGACAUCGGACUACAAGUUGGUUACCUUCAAGAUAAUGCCCCGAUCGCAAAAUGUUCACGCCAUAGUCCACGCGGGCUUUCUUUAUAAACUGAACAAAAGUAAUACCGUUUUGGAAUGCAGACUGGCAUUCGGUGGUAUAUCUCCCACAUUUACCAGAGCGUACAAAACUGAAAAGUUUUUAGAAGGGAAAAAUUUGUUUUGUAAUGAGACGUUGCAAGCCGCUAUCAAGGUGCUGGAUGAUGAACUGGUUAUAACACGGGAGCGACCAGAACUCUCCGUAGAGUACAGAAGACGACUUGCAAUUGGCCUGUUCUACAAGGGUCUUCUUCGCCUCUGUCCGCUAGAUAUAAUUGGGCCGCGAUAUAAAUCGGGUGAGGUGACGGUACAUGAUGCCCGCCCUGUCAGUAGCGGCUGCCAAGUCAUAGAGACUGAUCCAACACUAUGGCCUCUGACCAAACCGAUACCCAAACUUGAGGCUCUGCUGCAAUGCUCCGGAGAGGCAGUGUACACGGACGACAUGCCGCCUAUCAAAAACGAGGUAUUCAUUUCUUUCGCGCUGAGUACCGUGCCCCUUGGACGUCUGGAUUUCAUCGACCCAAGCAGAGCGCUGAAAGAAUCUGGAGUUAUAGCGUUUUAUUCUGCAAAAGAUAUACCUGGAUUAAACUCUUUCACACCUUUUGGAAAAAAACUGUAUUUGGCUAAUGAAGAAAUAUUUUGUGGUGGUGAAGUAAAAUAUUAUAAUCAGGCAAUCGGUAUGAUCGUUGCCGAAACGCAACAAAUCGCAGAUCGAGCAGCGAAACUAGUAAUCGGACAUUACAGUAAAAUUAGGAAACCAAUUUUAGAUGUUAAAGUAGCUAAAAAUGAUCCGAAUAGAAUAUCUCUUUAUACAUCAAUAGUAGCGACGGACAGGGGACUAGAUGUAUAUAAAGUGAUACAUGGAUCGAUGACUAUAUACCAACAAUAUCACUUCUGCAUGGAAACACUAACGAGCAUCUCAAUACCAGUGGAGGAGGGGUUGGAGGUGCACGCGGCGACACAGCAUACUGAGGUCAUACAGGUCAUGACUUCGCGUGUCUUGAACAUUGAUCAAGCUAAGGUGGAUGUGCAUGUGCGUCGUGUAGGAGGCGCGUACGGCUAUAAAAUAUCUCGGGCAAUCCAAGGUGCGGUGGCGGCCAGUCUUGCAGCGUACCUGCUGAACCGUCCAUGUCGGUACAUACAACCUCUGACAACAAAUACUCGAGCUGUCGGAAAACGACUGCCGUGUACUACGGAAUAUGAGGUCGGUGUGAAUGCUGAGGGUGUCAUUCAGUACAUAAACUGUGACUUGUACACGGACAACGGCUAUGUAAUAAACGAACCGCUUAUCACGAUCGGUCUCUCGAUCUAUAAUAAUUGCUACAAAAAAACGACGUGGAAUUAUAAGUUUUAUAACGCUGUUACGGAUACUGCAUCUAAUUCUUGGUUUCGAUCACCAGGUACAUUGGAAAUAGUAGCAAACGCCGAAUUUAUUUUGGAAAAAAUAGCAUAUGAAAUGUCAUUAGAUCCGGUGCAAGUGCGACUAGCUAAUCUAGACAACGAUAACAGAGACGCUAUCGUUGAAAUGUGGGAAACUCUAAGAGAAAAAUCGCAAUAUGACAAGAGACGGGCAGCCGUGCAGAAAUUCAAUGCACAAAAUAGAUGGUUGAAACGCGGACUUAGGGUUAGUUUCAUGAGAUGGUCGUCGGAGAAUCCUCAAUUUAUCUCCGCAAACUUAUCAAUAUUUUACGAAGACGGGAGUGUUGCCAUUACCCACGGCGGAGUUGAAAUAGGACAGGGUAUCAAUACUAAAGCUGCUCAAAUAUGUGCCUAUUUUCUAAAAAUACCACUGAGUAAAAUUCAAGUAAAACAACAAAUUACUUUUAUUUCACCAAACGUAGGAGAAACUGGUGGCAGCGUCACGUCACUUAAUAUCGGUCUAGCUGUCCAAAGAUGCUGUGAGGAAAUAUUGAGGAGAUUGGAACCUAUACGUAAGAUUUUAGGUAAUCCUACAUGGGAGGAACUCGUUAAAGCGGCGUUUUUAAAUAAUGUUGAUUUACAAGCACGAGGGACCGUCACUCCAGCGGAAUCGUUUCCUUAUGACAUCUAUGGUGUAAUUGUGACUGAAGUUGAAACUGACAUUAUAACUGGGCAAAGUGAAAUAAAACGAGUGGAUCUCAUAGAAGAUGUAGGUCAAAGUGUUAGCCCGAUCAUAGAUAUAGGCCAGAUCGAAGGAGCCUUCGUAAUGGGUCUUGGAUAUUGGACGUGCGAAAAAAUGGAAUAUGAACCGAAAACCGGGGAGGUGCUCUCUGACCGCACCUGGAAUUAUUGGGUGCCGCAAGCUAGAGAUAUACCUCAAGAUUUUCGGGUGUACUUUAGAGAGAAGUCGCGUAAUUACGAAAUAUAUCUUGGAGCCAAGGCAACUGGAGAACCAGCUACGAGCCUGGCGGUAGCGGUGCCAUUCGCAAUGAGAGAGGCUAUCGCUUCAGCGCGACAAGACUCCGGGAUACCAACCACUCAAUGGUUUCAAAUUGAUGGUCCAUACACCACCGAACAGAUAUGUUUAGCAGCGGCUACGAAGUUUGAGGACUUCAAGUUUUACUAA